AUGGCCAUUUCAAGGCAUGGCCCGAAGCGGGAUCGUUUCCCUAUCUCCCACGCCGUGGUCUGCCAACUACACGGACCAUUCGAGUGUGCGGUUGCUCCUCGGAAAUGUCAACUCGAUCGACUCAACACCCCAGGCGCGCCAAGCCCAAAGGUGCCGGAUGGUGCCGAAAGCCGACCGCCAGUGGUCGGCCAAUCCGCCGGCGGCCUGUGGAACCACAGUGACGACUGCCGAGAAAAACGGAAGAUGGGGCCAAAGCUUUUGGCAUGA